UUUGUACUUGUUCUCUCAACGAGGUUGAGGCAGAACAGCGCCAUUUGUGACAGCGUACAUGUAGAUGUAACACAGUCCUCACUCACUCGGAGAUUUAUGAACCUGCCACAAAAUAGCCGUACGGAAACUCAAACGAGCGAAGUAGGUGGCCCUAAACGCAGCCUGAGUCUAUAUGAACAAGAGGUGAAAAAACGUCUGAAAUGGCCUGAAGCUUAUCGUGACUUCACUGUUAAAACCAGCAAGGACCAUUUAAUGGAGGAAAAUCUGACAUUGCUCAACCUCAAGGCCAGUGUGACCCGCUAACUGGCAGUAGCAGCAGAGGACAAUAAUGGUUGACAUUUCACAAGAUCGGGGUGUUGACCCUGCCGACCUUCGUGAUCACCUCCUGGAGCUCUGGGCAAAGAGGGAGCUCUCCCAGCUGCGCGCAGAGGCCCGUAGGGGCUUCUCUGGCCUGCAGGACCCCCUGAGCGGCCUUUUGUGCAUCCUGGAGGGCUGCCUGGAGUUACAGAGGGCUAAGGCUAACUCGCUCAGCCAGUGCGUCCUAGCGGAAUUCCAGAUCUGGAGGCAGGGCCGCCCCCAGGUCUGUCUGCAGCAGGAACAAGCAGGGCGGGCGAGAGAACUGCAGCUCAGGGCGCUGGGUCUGCUCAGCGACCCCCAGCCCAGCUUCAUUGACCCCCUGCUGGACGUAUACCAUCUGCACUGCCUGGACCGAGGCCUGUUGCUGGCACAUAUGAGAAAACUGCAGGCCGCUGGCUGCCACAGAGAGGCAGUGUUGCUGAGCACCAAGCUGGAGCUGCAGGCCGAUCUGGAUGUGGAGGAGAUGUGCGUGCCCCUCAUCCUGCAGGACAAGCUGCAGUUGGCUGAAUCAUACGUGCGGGGACACCGUCAUCUAGAGGAGUGGCUGGUUAAGCUCCUGGACUCGUGGUGUCACCCGGAUUUCAGCGUGGCCCAGUUAGAAAGGCGGUAUCCUGACCUGUGUCUGUCUCAGCACCAAGCCCAACGCAUUCAGCCCAAGAUUCUCAGCAAGCAGGUGUUCCGGCUAAUGCAGCAGUUCAACCUUGACUCAGCCCUGUGUCCCAAUUCUGUCACCAAGAGGAAGCUGGAUUCUCUGAAGUUUCUCAUGUACAAGAAGUUUAUUGAGAAGACCAUGUCUGAAGAGAACUGGAGUGACCAUGUUGAGGCGACAGUAGGGGACAGUCCAGCACUGCAGGCUCGCCUUCUGGAGCUCCUGGUUAAGUACAGCGGCCUGAAGACGGCGGCAUGGUGGUCACUGCACCACGGCGUCCCCAAGGAGAACGUGCCUCCUGAGGUGUGGGAGGCGCAGCAGAGUCUACCUCCCCCACAUCGAUCUGAGGACGCCUGUCUGUCGCCAGAGCCCUGGGACCUCCCUGGGACUGAGCGAGAUCGGUAUUACCAGCUUCCUGUUUCCAAGGAACACGUCCAUUUCGUCAACACCCUGGAGCUGCUGGAUCUGUGCAGAGAGGUGGCACUGCAGCCCGGCUCCCUGGUCGGAGUGGACAUGGAGUGGCGUGCACGCUUCGGCUGUGUCGCCCCGCAGAAGGUGGCUCUCAUCCAGCUGGCGACGCCGGGCCACGUCUUCCUGUUGGACCUGUGUGCCGCGGACUUCUCCCGGCACCUUUCCAUGGUCCAGGCCGUCCGGCAGCUUUUUGCCGAUCCCUCCAUCCUCAAGCUGGGCUACAGCAUGUCCGGCGACCUCAGCAGCCUCUUGGCGACGUGGUCUGAGUUUGUCGAUGAGCCUCUGAAGGUGGAUGGAGUCCUGGACCUGCUCCCCAUCCACAAACAGAUUCAGCGGAGUUACCGGGGUUCUUUGGCCGGGGGGCCUCGGGAGGUGGACGUGAUGGAGGGGGCCGGGGAGAAGGGGCUCAGCCUGCUGGUGAAGCAAGUGCUGGGGAAGCCCUUGAACAAAGCGGAGCAGCUUUCCAACUGGGAGAGGCGGCCGCUGAGGAACAGCCAGCUGCGCUAUGCCGCCAAUGAUGCGUACUGUCUGCUAGAUGUCUACCUCGCUCUGUCCCAAGAGCCAGCACGCUACGGCCUACCCGCCAACCUCUGCUGCGCCCCCGCAGGUCAGGCUGGGAACUGCAAAGAGGCGAAGAAGCCGAGAGAGAAAAGAAAGCAAGCCCGACCUCCCAGGGUGACCCCUGGUGACCCUGGCGCGGUGGGCAGCGUCCUGGCCUCCGCCGUGCAGCUGGGCCCCCCCAUGGAACCCCGCCAGCUGCGCGUGGUGUGUGACAACAUGCUCCAGGGACUGGGCCGCUACCUGCGCUGCCUGGGGGUGGACGUGCUCAUGUUGGAGAACACCGACGACCACAGAGUCGCAGCCAAACUCGCCCGAGCGGAGGGUCGUGUCAUUCUCACCUGCGGCCAGCCGUACCAGACCUUGAAGUCACAGGUGGGUGAGGGUCGCUGCCUGCUGUUGGACUGCUCAGAGAAGGCCCGGGACCAGGCCGUCAGGGUCCUCAGGCACUUCCGCAUCCGCCUGACGCCUGAUGACAUCUUCAGCCGCUGCCAGGCAUGUAAUGGGGACCAGUACAUGAAGCUUCCCAGGGAGGAGAUGGCACGCAUGCUGAAAGAGAGAGGGCUCAUGGAGGAGCAGUUGGAGCCUGCUGAGGACUGGGAGGAGGAGUAUGAGCCAUCGAACCUCCCAGCCACGUCACCUGGCAGAGAACGAGUGAGCACCAGGUACGCGCCUCACUGUCGCUGGGCCCCCGCCUCAGACCUGGACCCAGACACUUUGACUUUCCCCAGCGGGGCCCAGCUGCAGAUCCACACAGUGCCAGUGGGGCUGCUUUCCAACGUGGCCUUGUUCUUCAUCUGCACUACGUGUGGAAAAGUGUUCUGGGAGGGCUCCCAUUUUGACCGGGUUCUGAACCAGUUCCAAGAGGUGCUGAGCAUCAGUGAAGAUUCAGGCACCUCCAGCGGUUCCAUUUAGCCUGGUCUGGUAGGGAGCUUGAAGGUGCAGUUUGUUGGGACACCACUACUGUCCCGUAGAAUUUCACGGAAAGUGAUUCGGUUAGAUGUACAUGGGAAACCUCAGGCAUCAUUUACUUCCUCUCUCUUUAAUUAUCCUUUAUACCUUGAUUUAUUCAGUUGCUGGGUUGCUUCAUUUCCCCAUUUAAAAAUAUACUGUUUCAUCAUACAUUUUUAAAAUCCAUUGUUUAGUGAUAUGUACUGUUUCAUCAUACAUUUUUAAAAUCCACUGUUUAGUGUUUUUUUUUUUAAGAUAUUAUUUUCCAGUGCCCUCCUUUGAAUACUGUUGGAGAUUGAAAUUGAAAUUUACGAACUAACCUCACUAACUUACUAUUAAUGAAAUCUCUUCCGGUAGGCAGAGAGUUUUUUUUUUUUUUUAAUUGGAUAAAUGGAUCUGUGGUUGGCUGUAAUAGCAUGUUUUAUGGACAACACAAAAAUUAUUAAAUUUGCUGUGCAAAUGCAA